AUGGUUGGUUCGCGUCCCCCUGAGCCUCGCGGCUACAAAUCACACAGGCUCAGGUCGGGAGGGGGAGGAGGGGGGAGGAGUCAGAGAGGGAGGGGGGAGGAGUCAGAGAGGGAGGGGGGAGGAGUCAGAGAGGGAGGGGGGAGGAGUCAGAGAGGGAGGGGGGAGGGGAGGAGUCAGAGAGGGAGGGGGGAGGAGGAGGGAGGAGUCAGAGAGGGAGGGGGGAGGAGGAGGGAGGAGUCAGAGAGGGAGGGGGGAGGAGGGGGGAGGAGUCAGAGAGGGAGGGGGGAGGAGGGGGGGAGGAGUCAGAGAGGGAGGGGGGGAGGGGAGGUGAGGAGGAGGGGGGGGGGAGGAGGAGGGGAGGAGUCAGAGAGGGAGGGGGGAGGAGGAGGGAGGAGUCAGAGAGGGAGGGGGGAAGAGGGGGGAGGAGUCAGAGAGGGAGGGGGGAGGGGGGGGGGAGGAGGAGGAGGAGGGGAGGAGUCAGAGAGGGAGGGGGGAGAAAGGACUGGACCCAGAGAGAGAGAUGGGGAUCAAGGGACCAGAGGGACAUGA